CACUAGCUUCCCUUCCAUCUCAAGCGCUGUUGUUUCUGUGACGCAAAUGUAAAUAAUUACAUCGCAGCCUCGACUUUCAAAAUAUUCGAGGCGCCCUGCCCUUCUUGCUUCUGACAUGAAAUUCAAUAGAUGAUAUCAUCGCAUGAAUCUCACGCGAUGGAAAUAAAUCUGAUAUCAUACAAAGACUACUUUCGUUAUCUCACCCCCGAAAAUUCGAAGCUUCAUCGUUGAGGCGCGCCGGUUGAAAAAUGCCGGCUUUGUCAAAACCGAUCCCACCACUAUACACUGUCUAUAUCCUACGAUCGACUGUUCGACAUGCUUCCUUAUAUAUCGGAUCGACUCCUAAUCCCCCGCGCCGACUUAAACAACAUAAUGGCGUAGCUAAAGGUGGCGCCGCACGAACGUCACGUAAAACCUUGAGACCAUGGGAAAUGGUUGGUCUUGUUUCGGGUUUCCCUGGCAUGGUAGCUGCACUGAAAUUUGAAUGGGCUCUUACCAACUCUCAUUUAACAUUACAUAUCCCAUCCGAAUCUCGAAUAUCGAAAUCGUCGGGUACAAAGCGAAACGGUCAUCCGAAACGCCCACCACACAACUUAACAUCGAUCCUCUCGAACCUUCACCUUUUACUUCGUGUUCCUAGUUUCGCUAGGUUGCCUUUGAACGUACACUUUUUUGUUCCUAAGGUCUAUGAGGAAUGGAAGAAAUGGUGCCGAACCGUAAAUGAACCUCUCCGGGAUACGAUUCGAAUAUCGACAGAUUUUGAACCUCCGCGUUCAAAUUCGGAGAAUACAGAAAAUGAGGGCACCAGCGAAGGGACAGAACAUCCCUGGGGUAUUCAUGCGCUACCACUCGAUUAUGCGCCAAUGAAAGAAUAUGCGACCAAGACACGAUCGAUAUAUGACUUUGAGAGACAAGGUGAUUGUGUUUUCUGCGGGGAACAUAUGGAACUUGGCGAGGGUCUUCACGCGACAUGCUCGAAUGCUGGAUGUGAAGGUACGGGGCAUGUAUCUUGUUGGAGUCAGCACUUGCUUGCAAAGGAGGCCGAUGAGGAAGCUAUUAUUCCCUUAUCUGGCCAAUGCCCAAGUUGCAAUGGCGAAGUUUUAUGGGGUGAUCUCAUGAAAGAGACAACCCUAAGAGUAAGAGGAGCCAAAGAGGUCGAUAAGUUGCUUAAAAAACCAAGGAAGCGCAAGGCGAGAAAUGUCGAUUCCGACACAUGAAACUAUUUUCUACGGUGUUCUUUGCAUUAGGGGUUUGCAUAGCAAGGCGUUCUAUAUUUUGGGGGCAUACGGAGGUUUGCGCGCAGGGAACGAAGUGCUGCAUUUCGGUCAAUUCAAUUGUGUCAUUUAUUCCUCUCACAAAUUCCUAACGAAAUUUUAAAUACUAGAAGAUUUCAUGUUUUCGAAUGAUUCAAUUUACCAUAUAAUAGAUCGUAAGUAAUGCUUCGAUCGUGUACGACGCGAAGA